GUAUCUACGCUAUUUGUUGGAAAGUAUUCCCACGACUAUGUCUGCGCUAUCUUUAAGAACCCACCAGGGUCAGUUGGCUGUCUAGGUAUUCUAUGUAAGGUAUCAAUAGAUAUAUCUUUCAUCACUAUACUUCUUACGAUAAAGUCAAGCCAGUCAACUUCCCCAAAUCCAUCCCCUACACACAGCAAACCACGCAUCCUGCUAUAAAUCACACGACAUCAUGCAACCCAAUAAAGCGUUACCCGUUCGCUUGAUCACACUCAACAUCCGCUACGCCAUCAAAAAGACCCUCGUGCCAAACGAAGGGCCGUGGGAGGUUCGCUGCCCGAGAGUAACGUCUCAGCUGAGAUUUCAUACAGCAGGCCUACCGAAUGCCUUCAUCUGCAUUCAAGAAGUGCAGAAUCAACAACUUCACGAUCUAGAAGCCGAAUUAGGUCAACGGUGGGCCAGCAUCGGCCGUGGCCGUGCUGACGGAGGAUCCGAUGGGGAAUUCUCGCCGGUGUUCUAUCGGACUGAUCAGUGGACUGCAGAGCGAAGUGAGACCUACUGGCUCAGUCCCACACCGGAAAAGCCUUCCAACGCAUGGGGCGCGACUAUCAACCGAAUUGUCACGGUUGGCCUUUUCAAGCACAAGAUUUCCGACACCAGAAUCGUUGUGAUGAGCACCCACCUCGAUCACAAGAGUCAGGAAGCCAGGCGGGAGAGCGCCAAGUUACUUCUCAAGAUUGCUGAAGAGUGGCGGAAAGAUACAUCAGAAGGCCGUGGGCAGGAUGUACCGGUGUUUCUAGGCGGAGAUUUCAACAGCGGGCCAAGAGACGAGCCGCACGAGAUUCUGACAGCUCGACCGGGCGGCAUGAGAGAUAUAUCGGACUUGGUGCCAUCUCGGGAUCAUUACGGCAACAAGAUUACUUACACGACCUUUGGAGAGGCUGACCCGACCACGAUCGACUAUCUCUUUGUGUUGAAUCCCGAACGCAUACGGUUUUGCAACUUUGCUGUUCUGUCAAACCGCUUCGAUGACGGUAUCUACUACUCAGACCAUCGACCAGUCGUUGCUGACAUGGAGCUGGUAGUCACGGCGACGUCUUGAGUGGCCCUGUUGCUUAGCCC